AUGCUACUGGCACUACUAGCAUUGCUCAUGACACAAGUGGCAGGACAAGGUGCUUUCAAUCCGGGAAACCAACAGACCAGUGAUGUCAUUAUAGUGGACGGAUUCGUCGACACGGAAACAUGUCAUGAUCAUUUGUUACAAGCCGAUGCCAUGGGAAACAAUGACGGAAAGCUACAGGCCGAUGAAUUUGUGGAAUUCGCACAACUGCAGGCACCCAGUGGACAACUCGACAAUAUUGAAGACUACCAAUCCAUGCCACUCGUCAUGCAAGCAACCUUUGUCACUCUCACGUGCUUGUGUAGAGAUGAACGAUUUGGAGGAGACUCGAGAGAUGUCAAUUGCUGUUUGGGAAUCGAUGCACACAUUUCCAUUGUGGGUAACGAAGAAGGGAGUACUUCCCAAGAAAAGACACGACUCUUUGCCACGUGCUUCUUGACGGACCAAGCCAUUGUACAAGUCAUUAGCAGUGAACCUCCCAGUGACUCGCCCACAAAUCCACCCACCGAUGCACCGACCAAGAUGCCGACAACCGGCACGCCUUCUACUGCGCCAUCGGCACUGCCGACCAACAGUCCUUCCAAUAGUCCGACGGUUAGUCCUUCCAGAACGCCCACCAUGGCGCCCACCACGGCUGCUCCCGUCGUGACACCGACGACAUCUCCAACCACGGAAGCACCGACGGAUGUGCCUACCAUGAUGCUGACGACGCAGAUUCCAACCUCAUUGGCGCCCAUUGUUUCACCCACAAGUUCUCCCAUUGUUACACCCACAUCCAAUCCUCCCACUUCACCACCUUCUUCCGCAUCACCCACUACUCCGGUGACUCCUGUUCCAGUCUAUACACAAAUCGCCAAUGUCGUCUACACCAUUGCCGUAGCCAAUGCAUCCAUUACCAAUGUCAACUCGACGGUCUACGAACCCGAUCUCAUCAAUGCCAUGGAUCAACUCGCAUCCACUGUUGUGACGAGUGUCUUUGUGCCAGAAAGGCGGCGCAAUCUACAAGUCAGACUCUCGCUUCCAACAGAAGUUGCGACCUAUGAAGUCACUAAUUGCACGGCUGGAUUGGCAGGUGACAAUGAUCGAUGUGAGAAUGUAGCGCAUGAAAUCACCAUGAUUGAUACUGUCGAAUUGAACCCGGAUGAAGUGGCGGAUUUUGAAACGGCGCUGCUCAAUGCCAUUUUGAGAGGAGAACUGCAGGCCAAUCUACCUUCCGACUCGAUUGUGAAAAUAUUGACCGGCAUGGACCCCAAUGUUCCAAUCCAAGUUGUGGGGCCGUCACCAUCCGAUGCCGAAGUGGUGGACGAAGGAUUGUCGGGAGGAGCCACGGCUGGAAUUGUUCUUGCGGCCCUGGUACUCACGAUAUUCCCGAUUGCCUUGUAUUUGGCCAUGCGACAAAACAAUGAAGAAAAGGAACCGUAUGGCGCCUACGAACCACACGAUGCCGUGUCCACGGAUGGGAUCCAUCCAACCGCUGAUGAACACGAUGUGGAAGUGCCAACGACGCCACAAAAAGUACAGUCCAUUGGAGGAGGUGUGGCAGCCACUCUUGGAGCGGCGCCUAGUGAUUAUGGCAAGACAUCUGCCUACCCUCCUGCUACUAAGGAACCCACACCGACCGGCAGUAUCAAGCAAGUUCACAAAGUUCCACCCGUGAGUCCUGAACGAGAGACACCGGAUCAAAACUCGUUUGACGAGGGCCAUUCUGCCUCGAGUUCCAAUGCCGGUAGCUCGGGUUGGUCGUCUAGCGCUGGUUUGUCAAGUCUCAACACGGGUAGCGCCGAAGAUUCUAUGGAUAUGUUAAAUUCUCCACAAGGAUCUUCUCUGGCGGCAAUUGGAGCUGCCAGUGCGGUGGCAAGGCGCGUCGAAAACCGAAGAAACAUUUCACCAAUGAGUGCCGGCAUUCAAGAGCUCGACGUUCCUGCUGGAGCCGUAUCGAGAAACGAUUUGGACAAUGCCAUUGAGGCUGGUGAUUGGGCUGCUGUGGGUGCAACAGCGGCACUCUUGGCGGCUGCUUCAGACUCACAGUCCGCUUCAUCCAAGAGCCGAACAAGUCGAAAUAGUCGAAGUCAAAACACGUCGGUAUCGAGUGUCGAUGCCCAGAGAGCAGCGGAGCUUGAUCACUUGGUCGACGCUGGAGAUUGGGAAGGUGUAGUUUUGGCGGCGGCCAAGUUUGAAGCACAAGAAGGCUCCAUCCGUUCAGGGACCGCAUCUUCCGCAAGGUCAUCGUCAAUAGGCUCCGAAGGCACUCGAUCUGGGACAGGAUCGGGCACAUUUACUCCCAGUGUCUCAACGAGUGUCAGCGAAAGUGCAUCGAAAGCACAGAAACGAGACGAAAUUCGGCAAGAAGUGGAAGCCUUGGUACGUCGUGUUGUACCAGAAGAGCUUGACAACGUUAAUGAAAUGAUGCUGCAAUUCAAAGGCCGCGAAGAAGAGUUGGUGGAAACAUUGAGGACCAUGCAAGAAAGAGCAGUGGCGCAAAAGGCACGCACAGCUGGCCACAAAGCAGCCAAACAAGAGGCUCGCCGCACAGUUCAGAGAGGGGGGAUCCCAGGUGCCGCUCCUCCAGCCCCUGCACCAGCAUCUUCCCCGGCUGGCCAAGAUGCAUCAUCAAGUCGAGAAGCACAGUCUUCUUCCUCCGACCCAUCCUCGGACGCCUUGACCGGAUCACCGCCAAGGAAUCGAACGGCACUGGAGCAAGCAAUUGAAGCCGGCGAUUGGGAAGCUGUCGGAGAGGCGGCAGCUUUGAUGAGUGACACAAGCCUGGCUUCUGCAUCCACAGCAGAAGUCGAAAGGCGGGCAGCCAGUGCAAGGCUCGGAGCUGGUUCCUCCAGCGGUGCCACACGCAGUCUGCGGAUAGGAGGAGUCAAUGCAGACCGCGCGCGAGAGCUUGAUGAAAUGAUUGACCAAGGGAAUUGGGCUGCCGUGGUAGAGGCCGCAGGUAGAUUCAACCAGGCAGACAAGCAAGCCUCAGCAACGUCAUCAGUGGAUUACAGCCCAGCGAAGAGAUCGUAUGGUGCUGGUCCCGACUCCGAGGAAUCCACAACACAACGAAAGAAGCAGCUGAAAGAGGAGGAAGAUGCAUUGGCUCAAGCUGAGAUUUGGAUGCAAAUCGCACAACAAAGCAAAUCGGAAGGCGCAACGGACAUUGGAGCAAGUGCUGCCGCUGAUUGGGCUAUUGCUCGAAGUUUAAAGUCGCUGAAGAAUGCGGAAGAGCAAGAUGACAGAGGUAGCGCAGGCGGCAGUCACCAAGGUUCACAUCAGUCUGGAGCCGACGAUGACGAGAGCGUCUAGCGAAACAAACCCUGGUUAAUAUACGCCGUAACAGGGCAAUUGAGAUUUCUAUUCUCGCAUACAAGCAAGCUAUUCCAUUGAAGAUGUCGGGGUUAGAAGGAUAGAGAUCUCCUCGCCACACAUGUCUAUUAUGCGUUUCACUCUACUGCCGGUAUACAAUUGUAAUGACAAGAAUAGAGUUCGCCGUUUAUAGUUUCCUGUUGUUGUAACUAUUUAAAGUCCGUGAGAUAGUGUACCAACCAACCGUAGAUGGAGCCCAUCUGAAGCUUUCUCAAACCAACGUAACAUCGUCAGCCCUUGAAUGGCAAACCUAUUUUUCGGCAGAAAGUAGCAAGCUACCGGUGACGGCAGUGCCGACUUGAAAGCCCCCAGGAAAGACGCAAGAGUCUCCAAACCCAGACAAAAAGAAGUCACCAGGUGAUGUCUGGGUCACUCAACAGUGACCUCCAGAUCGAUUUUCUCAGAGAUGCGGGUUGCCUAGCGGUACCGUGGAUACUCCAGCGGAACCCCAGCCUCAUCCAAAUCAAAACAAAGUGUUGCGUGGCUCUUUCUAUUUCUUCAUCUGUUCGAUGGUUAGAACCACUAGACUACUUUAUCGCUCUUCAGGGAUCUCGGGCGCCGUCAGCAGAUCAAAAAGUAGUCAAGAUGUCACCUCCAUCGACGCUCCAACCAUUCAGGUGGUCCAGAAUCAGAUCCACGCAUAACUCAGACAGACUUUUUAUCAUCCUCGAAACAUCUGUCUCCAAGAAGGCCCUUCGUCUCGGAAACUUGGAAUGACGAUUGCCAUUGGGAUAGUACAACUCCAAGGGAGACAUAACGGAUUCCUUUCCUCUUCGAUUGCCAAACCAAGAUCCCAACUCCCACGCUUCAAGUUGAAACUCCCGCGGUUUGCUGACA